ACUCGCCUGGGUCUAUGGCCGCGGUCCGGGAGUGGUCCUGCGCCCGCUGCACCUUCCUGAACCCGGCUGGCCAGCGCCAGUGUGCCAUCUGCGAGGCCCCCCGGCAGAAGCCCGACCUCGAUCAGAUACUGAGGCUCAGCGUGGAGGAGCAGAAAUGGCCCUGCGCCCGCUGCACCUUCCGGAACUUCCUGGGCAAGGAGGCCUGCGAGGUGUGCGGCUUUGCCCCUGACCCCGCACCUGGGGCUCCCCUGGCCCCAGUUAUCAACGGGGCCCUGCCCCCACCACCUGCCGUCCUGGCGGAGCCGGCCGGGGGGCGCCCCAAGGAAGUGGUUACGGAGCUGGCCGGGGGGCGCCCCGAGGAGGUGGUUACAGAGCCAGGGAGCUGGGCCUGCCCACGCUGCACCCUGCACAACGCGCCCGUGGCCAGCUCUUGCUCCGCCUGUGGGGGCCCCCGCAGACUCUCGCUGCCUAGGAUCCCACCCGAAGCCCUGGUGGUUCCCGAGGUUGUGGCCCCCGCCGGCUUCCACGCCGGGCCCACCCCACCCCCGCCGGGCCUGCCUGGGGACAGCGCCGAGGCCAUCCCUGCCUCCGCCGGCCAGGGCGCACCCACAGCCGACCAGGAGCCCCCACGCGUGGCGCCCUUCAGCCCCUUCUCGCCGCCCCUACAGAACAACCCUGUGCCCCGAAGCCGCCGGGAGGUGCCCCCCCAGCCGCAGCUGCCGGUGCCUGAAGCUGCUCAGCCCUCACCCAGUCCCAAGGCCCCCCAGGGCCCAGGGCGGGCAGCGGCCGGGGCCCCCCGCCGGGCAGAGCUGCUGUCUGGCCAGCGGCUGAGUGUGCUGGAGGCGGCGGAGGGCAGCCCAGCCCGUGGUGAGGGCUGCAGCCCCGUGCCGGGCAGCGACGUCAUCGACCUGGCCGGCGAUUCCGUGCGCUUCACGCCUGGCAGCCCCUCCAGCCCCGACUUCACCACCUGGUCGUGUGCCCAGUGUACGCUCCGCAACCCCACGGCGGCCGCCCGCUGUUCGGCCUGCGGCUGCUCCAAGCUGCACGGCUUCCAGGAGCACGGUGAGGCCGCGGCCCGCUGCGCUGACUGCGGCGCCGACAGGCUCGGGCCCUGUGGCGGUGGCAGCUGCGGCCGGGCCCCCUCAGCCCACAAGGCUGCCCGUCUCCUGCCUGCUGCACCGCCCGAGCGCCAGGCCCAGUGGGCCUGCCCCGCCUGCACCCUGCUCAACGCUGCACGCGCCCGGCACUGUGCCGCCUGCCACACACCGCAGCUGCUGGAGGCCCAGCGCCAGGGUGCCGUGCCCCUGCGGCGCCGGGAGAGCGUGCUGGUGGAGAAGAGGCGGCUGACGGACGAGGGCGAGGCUAAGGCUCUGUGGGAGCACAUUGUGGCCUUCUGCCGGGAGAACAGCAUGAACUUCGUGGACGACAGCUUCCCGCCCGGGCCUGCGUCCGUGGGCUUCCCUGAGGGCGAUGGCGUCCAGCAGCGCGUGCGGCAGUGGCUGCGGCCCCACGAGAUUAACUGCUCCGUCUUCAAGGACCCCUCCCCUGUGCAGUGGUCCGUGUUCUGCAGGCUCCGGCCCUCGGACAUCCUGCAGGGGCUCCUGGGGAACUGCUGGUUCCUGAGCGCCCUGGCAGUGCUGGCGGAGCGGCCCGACCUUGUGGAGCGGGUCAUGGUCACGCGAGACCUGUGCCCCGAAGGUGCCUACCAGGUGCGGCUGUGCAAAGACGGCACGUGGACCACCGUGCUGGUAGACGACAUGCUGCCCUGUGAUGAGGGUGGUUACCUGCUCUUCUCUCAGGCCCAGCGGAAGCAGCUGUGGGUGGCUCUCAUCGAGAAGGCCCUGGCCAAGCUGCACGGCUCCUACUUUGCGCUACAGGCCGGCCGCGCCAUCGAGGGCCUGGCCACGCUCACCGGGGCCCCCUGCGAGAGCCUCCUGCUGCAGGUCAGCUCCACCAACCCCCGCGAGGAGCCAGUGGACACCGACCUCAUCUGGGCCAAGAUGCUGAGCUCCAAGGAGGCGGGGUUCCUCAUGGGCGCCUCAUGCGGCGGGGGCAACAUGAAGGUGGACGACGCGGCCUACGAGAGCCUGGGCCUGCGCCCGCGCCACGCCUACUCCAUCCUGGAUGUCCGUGACGUGCAGGGCUCCAGGCUCCUGCGGCUCCGGAACCCGUGGGGCCGCUUCUCCUGGACCGGCAGCUGGUCAGACGAGUGGCCGCACUGGCCAGGCCACCUGCGCAGCGAGCUCGUGCCUUUCGGCAGCGGUGAGGGCGUCUUCUGGAUGGAGUACAGUGACUUCAUCAGGUACUUCGACUCGGUGGACAUCUGCAAGGCGCGCUCAGAUUGGCAGGAGGUGCGGGUGCAGGGCUGCUUCCCCUGCUCAGCCAGCAGGCCUGUGGGUGUCACCGCGCUGACCGUGCUCGAGAGGACCUCGCUGGACUUUGCCCUCUUCCAGGAGGGCAGCAGGCGCUCGGACGCGGGGGACAGCCACCUGCUGGACCUGUGUAUCCUGGUGUUCCGGGCCACGUUUGGCAGAGGUGGCCGCCUGAGCCUAGGCCGCCUCCUGGCGCACAGCAAGCGGGCAGUCAAGAAGUUCGUCAACUGCGACGUCAUGCUGGAGCCGGGCGAGUACACGGUCGUGUGCUGUGCCUUCAACCACUGGGGCGCCAGCCCCGCGGCCACACAGGCCCCCAACGCCCACCCGGCAGCCUCCAGCCCGUCGUCAGGGAGCCCGCGCUGCACCUCAGAGCCACCCGGCCACGUGUUGGCCGUCUACAGCUCAAGGCUGGUGAUGGUGGAGCCGGUGGAGGCCCAGCCGACCACGCUUGCCGACGCCAUCAUCCUGCUGACCGAGAGCCGGGGCGAGCGGCACGAGGGCCGCGAGGGCAUGACCUGCUACUACCUGACGCACGGCUGGGCGGGGCUGAUCGUGGUGGUUGAGAAUCGGCACCCGAAGUCCUACCUGCAUGUGCAGUGUGACUGUACCGACAGCUUCAACGUCGUGUCCACGCGCGGCAGUCUGCGCACCCAGGACAGCGUGCCGCCCCUGCACAGGCAGGUCCUGGUGAUCCUGUCCCAACUGGAAGGCAACGCCGGCUUCUCCAUCACACACCGCCUGGCGCACCGCAAGGCAGCCCAGGCCUUCCUCAACGACUGGACGGCCACCAAGGGCACCCACAGCCCCCCGCUCACGCCCGAGGUUGCCGGCCUGCACGGGCCCCGGCCACUGUGAUCCCCUCGGCCUGCGCCCAGACAGGGCUGCACCUGCCCGCCCACCUGCACGCACUUUAGUAGGGAGACCCAGGCCGAGGACGCUGGGACGAAUCUCAGGACCCCUGGGGAGCCGUGGGGCCCCUCCCCACCCCCACCUGCCUUCACCCUGGGGCCAGUCAGCCUGGCCAGGGCCUCCUGGCUACAAAGCAGAUACCUCGACCCAGCCACCAGCCAUGGACCACAUAUCCCAUUGGCCCAUGGCCUUGGGGAGACAGGUUCAGAGGCUGGCUGCCCUCCCCUCCGGGGGUGGGGUCUCAUCUGGGCGAGACAGCCGACAGCGCAGAGGACUCCCCCGGGAUCAGACACCCGGAACCCCGGAGGCAGCAGGGGACAGCCCCUCCCCGCCCCGCCACACCCUGGUGUGAACAGUGGGGCGGGUGUGACCCAUCCCAGGAGCCUGGUGAUGGGCGGUGACUGUGGGGAGGCCGUCCUGCCUCCCCUCCAGCGACACUAUGCAAUUCCUGGGCCCCUCAGGACCAAAGCCAUGACGGGGCAGCAGUACUGGGGGGUGGCCUGCGUGUGGUCAGGCGCGCCACCGGGGACAGGGUCGCAGCGGGGCCCAGCCCACCCCAGGCAGGCAAGGCAGGACCCCUCCCACCGCCCCAUACUUGGGACGCCAGGGAGCUUGGCUACGGGGCUGCCCCCCUCAGGGCCCUCACUGCCCAGCGGCCUCCCCUGGGGCUGUGGGCCUUGGUCCUGGGAACGGCGAGGAGCACCUCUCCCUUUGGGCUUCCUUUUUAUUUUCUCCUUUUCUCUGAGCUGUGAAUAUUUUUAACCCUGUAAAUACAGCGGCUCUUCUGACACAGAGGCUAUUUUAUCAACCGUCAGCCCCGUCCCGAGGGGUUCAGAUUCCCCGUGGGCGGGGUCCAGACUCAGGCUCCCAUGGACCAAAUAAAACCUUUUGUUUUGU